CUGGUCUCUUCUGUAGGCUAGCCUGGGUGGUAAAGUACAGCUCAUGAUAACCGGAGCGGCUCCCGUCUCUCCAACAGUUCUGAGUUUCCUCAGGGCUGCCCUGGGCUGCCAGUUUUAUGAAGGCUACGGGCAGACUGAAUGCACAGCUGGGUGUUCGAUGACAUUGCCUGGAGACUGGACAGCAGGUCAUGUUGGACCACCAUUGCCAUGUUGUACUGUCAAGCUGGUUGAUGUGACGGAAAUGAAUUACUUUGCUUCUAAAGGGGAGGGAGAGGUUUGUGUGAAAGGGGCAAAUGUAUUUAAAGGCUACCUGAGGGACCCUGAAAAAACGACCGAAGCUCUUGAUGAAGAUGGUUGGCUGCACACAGGAGACAUUGGGAAAUGGUUACCGAAUGGCACUCUGAAGAUCAUUGACAGAAAGAAGCAUAUCUUCAAACUGGCCCAGGGAGAAUACAUUGCACCAGAGAAAAUUGAAAACAUUUACAUUCGGAGUGAUCCUGUCGCUCAGGUGUUUGUCCAUGGAGACAGUCUGCAGGCAUGCCUUGUGGCAAUCACAGUGCCAGAUCCUGAGGUUUUGCCCAGCUGGGCUAAGAAGAGAGGGCAUGAAGGCUCAUUUAAAGAGCUGUGUAAUAACAAGGAAGUGAAGAAUGCUAUCUUGGAAGACAUGGUGAAACUGGGAAAGGAAGCCGGUUUGAAAUCAUUUGAACAGAUUAAAGAUAUAGCACUUCAUCCAGAGAUGUUCUCCAUUCAGAACGGCCUGCUAACUCCAACACUGAAGGCAAAAAGAGGGGAUCUGAGAAACUACUUUCGGGAACAGAUUGAUGGUUUGUACUCCAACAUCAAGAUGUAACCGGCUGGAUUCAAUGGAAGAGCAGCAGAAAAAGCCAGGAAGAGGCUUCACAUCGACCAUCGGUCAACCAGGAAAAUGAACAAAAAAAAAACCAACUUAAACAAUGUUUUAAAAAAUAUUAGCCCUGCCCACAAGACUGGAUUGGUAUGGUAUAGGAAUUAAUUUAACAAUAGGACCAGAAAAGGAAAGCUGCCUUAUCAGUUUAUUGUUUAUACUUCAAGCCUUACCCUGUCAACGACGUUAUGUGUUUAAAAUACUGGUAUUUUAGUUGGUAUAUGGGUUUAUCAACAGUAACAAGCAUUGCAAAAUGUUACACUCCAUCCAGAUCAACUGAAGUUGAAUAUUUCAUGUAUUUGGUUGUCAGUCACUGCCCAUUGUUACCAGAUUAUUUUUAGUAAUGGGCUAGAUUCUCAAAGAUAUUACUCCAAAUUGUAAUUUGUGGAAUUAUCUGAAAGAAUAAAAAAAUACCAUUGCAAUUCUAAAAUGAAUUCCAAGUCCCCAAGUUAAAAGUUUUUAGUUAAAUCUGGUUUGAGUGUGUUUCUCCUUUUUGAAAAAAAAACAUGCUAUUAUUAUUAUUAUUAUUUGUUUAUUUAGUAGGCGCCUUUAUCCAAGGCGACUUACAGAGACUAGGGUGUGUGAACUAUGCAUCAGCUGCAGAGUCACUUACAACUACGUCUCACCUGAAAGACGGAGCACAAGGAGGUUAAGUGACUUACUCAGGGUCACACAAUGAGUCAGUGGCUGAGGUGGGAUUUGAACCGGGGACCUCCUGGUUAUAAGCCCUUUUCUUUAACCACUGGACCACACAGCCUCCUUAAUGAUGAUUUGGAGUAAAUAGCUUUAAGAAUUUAGCUCAUGAGCUCAAUUUUCUUUUAAAAAUACAAGAUUAUAGUGACCUAUGGAGUGUAACAUUUAUUUUUUAUAUCACUUGUACAUGUUUGUGAAGGGAUGGGUUCUGAGGAAUAUGAGACACUGCAGUGACCUUUUAAAUGUAAUUUGAAUGCCAUGUCUGAUCCUUGAUUCAUUGUAAAUAUAUAUUGAAAUGUGAUUUUUGUACUUUUAUUCUGUAUGCUAAUUUAGAAUAUUUUAUGACACCUGGAAGUGUAAGUUAUGUAACUGUGGAGGAGAAGAAAAUGAUACCAUCAAGGCAUUCCCUAUGUUAUAAAAUAUGAUAUAUGUUAUUAUAAAAUAUAUAUAUUUAUAUAUUAUAAAAAUAUAUGUAUAAAAUAUUUUGGACCUGUUGAACAGCAAGGGAAAUGCUCCAACAUGUCUGAUGCAAUAUACAAUGGAAUUUACUAGUCCGCUUGUGUUGUUUUAGUGACGGAAUUAAUAAAUAAUAAUAAUAAUAAUAAUAUUUAUAUAUAUAUAUAUAUAUAUAUAUAUAUAUAUAUAUAUAUAUAUAUAUAUAUAUAUAUAUAUAUAUAUAUAUAUAAAUGAAUUACAAUCCAUCUUGCACUGGGAUAAAUCAUUUACAGUUGGUCCCAUUAAUGUCAUAAAAAAGCACAGCUGCUGAUUAAUUAAUUUGUUAAAUGAAGAUUUAAUGCUAAAAUGUGACGAAAGACAAAACUGUAAUUUAUGUCCUAUUUCGUUUCCAAAUGGUUGCUUUAAUGUAUUGUCUUUGUGUUAUGUGUUAUAGAAAUAACUGCCAACCUACCAAAUAAACAUUAUUUUUGGUGUGUA